ACCAUCGAAAUUCCAAUCGAACGAAAACGGAUACAAGAGUAAUUGAGUAAAUAUACACCGGAAACCUUUUCUUGCAUAAUCGCAUCUUAACAAAAACUUGCCCGGAAAACCCCCUGGAAAAAUCUCCGGAAACACCACUCCAAACAAAAUCGGAAGAAGAAAAGAGAAACAUGUUGUCGUCCUCGCCCUCGAGCCCCAGGCUGGGCUCGCCGAGCAGCUCGCGGUCCGUGACGGAGACGGUGAACGGCUCGCACAACUUCACGAUAAGAGGGUAUUCGUUGGCAAAGGGGAUCGGGGUGGGAAAGCACAUCGCGAGCGACAACUUCACGGUGGGAGGGUACCAGUGGGCCAUCUACUUCUACCCGGACGGCAAGAACCCCGAGGACAACUCCACCUACGUCUCCGUCUUCAUCGCGCUGGCCAGCGAGGGCACCGACGUGCGCGCCCUCUUCGAGCUCACUCUGCUCGACCAGAGUGGCGCCGGUAAGCACAAGGUCCAUAGCCAUUUCGAUCGAUCCCUCGAGAGCGGCCCCUACACCCUCAAGUAUAGAGGCAGCAUGUGGGGCUACAAACGAUUUUUCAGACGGAAUAUGCUUGAAUCAUCAGUUUUCCUUAAGGAUGAUUGCUUGAAAAUAAAUUGCACUGUUGGUGUUGUGGUUUCUGGAAUAGAUUGUUCAAGAUUACACUCCAUACAUGUCCCUGAAUCUGAUAUCGGAGAACAUUUUGGUAUGUUGUUGGAUAACGAGGAAUGUUCGGACGUUACUUUUAAUGUGUCUGGGGAAAAGUUUCAUGCUCACAAGCUGGUAUUGGCUGCUCGUUCUCCUGUAUUUGAAACUGAAUUUUUCAAUGGGAUGGAUGAAGAUAAUCAUGAAAUAGUUAUUACAGAUAUGGAACCCAAGGUUUUUAAGGCUUUGCUUCAAUACAUCUACACAGAUACUCUUGUUGAAGAUGAGGAUUUCUUGGCAUCAAGUUCAUCUUGCAUGCCAUCUUUAUCUGACACUUUUGCUGCAAAGUUGUUAGCUGCGUCUGAAAAAUAUGGUUUGCCCAGACUUAGACUGAUGUGCGAGUCUGUACUCUGUAGAGAUAUAUCUGUAGAUUCUGUUGCCAAUAUUUUGGCCCUGGCUGACCGUUAUCAUGCUUCAGAUCUGAAAUCAGUUUGCCUAAAAUUUGCUGCUGAAAAUCUUGUUGCCGUUAUGCGCUCAGAUGGUUUUGAGUAUCUCAAAGAGAACUGCCCGCUGCUGCAAUCCGAACUCCUAAAGACGGUGGCAGGAUGCGAGGAGGAAUUCAGUGGAGGAGGGGGUAAGAGUCGAAGCGUGUGGGGUCAGUUUUCUGAUGGCGGUGACACAAAUGAUAGGAGUGUAAGGCAGCAAACCUGGGAAAAUGGAGGGGAAAGAAGUCGAAGCUUGUGGGUACAGCUUUCUGAUGGUGGUAGGAGUCCUAGGCAAGAAGGCUGAUAUCAUGAAGUGAAAAACAGAAAGAGAAAAAGGGGCUUCAUUCAUUGUAACGUGCCUUUUUCUUCUUCUCCUGAUGUAUCAUGUAUGUCAAAUGGCUGUAUGCUGUUUGCUGAAUGGCAGUAAAUUAAGGGGUUAUAGUUUAAUUAGGUUGCAUUAACACAAGGAAUUUGUAGUUAUCAGUGCGCUGAUUGUAACUAUACCUAAAAGAAUGUAGACCACGAUUGCUGGUUUGUAUGCACUUUUGUCUUUUGAUUAAAUGAUGCACAACACAUCCUUCACUUUCUA